CAAAAACAUUUCCACGGUCAAAGCUCUUAAGCUCCACACGAGAGGUUCUUAGAAAUAUCCCCCAAUACAAAGAGAAAGACCUUUGGUUUUUUUGGGCCAAUACGUGACUAACCUUCUUUUCUUUUCAUAGUUUCAUUUCUUAUUCUUAUUCAUUUUCAUAUUUUCAACUUAUAUAGAUAUUCUCACACUCUCUCUCUCUCUAUCUCUAUAUAUCUCUUUCUCUCUCCCUCUCUGUCUCUCUGAUACCGAAACUCAAAGCUUUGAUUUUUAUUUUAGCUUCUGAUGGCUUCCUCUUCUGGGAGCUUAGAUACCUCUGCAAAUUCAUUUUCCAACUUUACUUUUUCCUCUCAUCCAUUUAUGACCACCUCCUUUUCCGACCUGUUGUCCUCCGGUACCGAUGAGGAACCCAUCAACGACGCCGCCGGAGAAGAAGGCCGACGUGGGUUGUCGGAUCGAAUCGCCGAGCGUACUGGUUGGGGUGUCCCUAAGUUCAAGUCUCUUCCACCUCCUUCACUUCCCAUAUCUCCACCUUCUGUUUCUCCUUCUUCUUACUUUGCUAUCCCACCUGGGUUAAGCCCAGCUGAGCUCCUCGACUCCCCUGUUCUUCUUAACUCAUCCAACAUUCUGCCGUCUCCAACUACUGGAAGGUUUGCAUCUCAGGUUUCUAGUUGGAAGAACAGUUAUGGGGAUAACCAGCAAAGUGUCAAACAAGAACAGAAAAGCUACUCCGAUUUCUCUUUCCAAACUCAAACAAAGCCUCCCACUUCAUCAUCUUCCAUGUUUCAAUCUUCAAACACUUCUGCUCAGACUGCAUGGACUAAUAGCUUCCAAGAACAAACCAAGCAACGAGAUGAGUAUUCAUCAGGAAAGAGUACGGCCAAUAAUAAUGUUCAAACAAACGGUGGUGGGUUUCAGUCAGAUUACAGUAAUAAUAAUCACCCUCAGCAGCAGGCUCAGGCCUUGAGCCGAAGAUCAGAUGAUGGUUACAAUUGGAGGAAAUAUGGUCAAAAACAAGUUAAAGGAAGUGAAAAUCCGAGGAGUUAUUACAAGUGCACAUACCCCAAUUGUCCAACUAAGAAAAAGGUCGAAAGAUCUUUAGAUGGGCAGAUUACUGAGAUAGUUUACAAGGGUAGCCAUAACCAUCCUAAGCCUCAGGCUACAAGGAGGUCAUCUUCUGCAGCACCACCACCACCAGCUUCUUCAGCUUUAAUCCAAUCUUCGAAUUUAUCAAACUCUGAAAUCCCAGAUCAAUCUUAUGUCUCACAAGGCAAUGGCCAAAUGGAUUCAGCUGCCACGCCUGAGAAUUCUUCUAUAUCAAUUGGGGAUGAAGAUUUUGAGCAAAGUUCUCAGAAGACCAAAUCAGGGGGAGAUGAAUUUGAUGAAGAUGAACCUGAUGCCAAAAGAUGGAAAAGAGAAGCUGAAAAUGAAGGUAUUUCAGCUCCUGGUAGUAGAACAGUGAGAGAACCAAGAGUUGUAGUUCAAACAACUAGUGAUAUUGAUAUACUAGAUGAUGGUUACAGAUGGAGAAAAUAUGGGCAGAAAGUUGUCAAAGGAAACCCCAAUCCUAGGAGCUACUACAAGUGCACAAAUCCAGGAUGUCCAGUGAGAAAGCACGUGGAGCGAGCUUCCCAUGAUCUUAGAGCAGUGAUCACCACCUACGAAGGAAAGCACAACCACGAUGUCCCCGCCGCUCGUGGCAGUGGCGGCCACUCCAUCAACAGGCCUUUACCAAGUAACAACAACAACAAUGCUGUGGCUGCCAUUAGGCCAUCGGCUAUGGCUCCACACAGCAUCACUAACCAUAAUAUCACUAACAACAAUCAUAAUCAUCUUCAGAAUCUGAGGCUGCCCACAUCUUCUUCAGAAGGGCAAGUGCCUUUCACUCUUGAGAUGUUGCAUAAUAGUCCAGGGAAUUUUGGCUUCUCUGGCUUUGGUGGCAACUCGGGAACGAGUUCUUACAUGACUCAGUCUCAACUCACAGACAAUGCUGUGUAUUCUAAAACCAAAGAAGAGCCCAGAGAUGACAACACGUUCCUCGAAUCUUUACUGUGUUGAAAUGAAUUAAAACAAACAAUACCAAAGAAAGAAAAACAUCAAAAAUAAGAAGGCAUCUUGUAGCAGCUAGCUGAUCAAGUCCAUUCAAUUCAUUAGAUUUUGUUUUUGUAUUGUGUUGUAUAUUGUUUUCUCUUAGGAUAAAAGAAAAGAAAAAAAGAAGGAUUACAAUUACAGGGGAUUGGUUUGUGUAUAUCAAACGUUGUAUGAUAUAGGUGUUCUUAUAUAUCUUUAUUUAUUAUUAUAUAUUUUUUCUUAGGAUGAGAUAAAAGCCUUAAAUCUCUCUUUUUUUUUUUUUUUGGUACCACACAUGACGUGGUGGUAGUCUGUUUUUUUCUUCUCAUUUUUGGGAGUUAUAUGUAAAACAAAGAAAUUAAGUUGAUUUUAAUUUAAUUAUAUUUAGGGAAAACAAA